AUGCUCUGCAGAGCCCACUUCUUGCUGGAAAAAGACUUCCAAGAGUUGAAGGAAAACAAUUACAAGGGUAUUUCUGCCUUUCCUGUGAGUGAAGAUAUGAUGAAGUGGGAAGCUGAGAUUGAAGGUCUGCAGGACACAGUUUGGCAUGGAUUACCCUUCCAACUAACAAUAAAUUUUACGUCGGAGUACAAUUUUGUCCCUCCAGUUGUGAAAUUUAGAACAAUUCCUUUUCAUCCAAAUGUAGACCUGCAUACUGGCCGGCCUUGUAUGGAUUUUUUGGACAACUCUGAUAAGUGGAGUACAAGCUAUACUCUGAGCAGCAUCUUGCUUACCCUCCAGGUUAUGCUUUCGAAUCCAGUGCUAGAAAAUCCAGUGAAUUUGGAAGCAGCACAAAUGCUGAUUAAAGAUGAAUCUAUGUACAGCCUAAUAGUUGUAAGACUUUUCCACCAGCCAAUACAAUUGAAAGAUGGCAGCUCUGAGUUACCUAAAGACCCAGACAAAGUUAUCAGAUCAAUUAAAGCAGUCUCAUUUAACGAUUACUACAAAACAUGGUCUGGAAUAGCCACAUCAAAAGCCACAGACCAUUACAGAACUCCAUUGCUUAAAGAUCCAGAUUUCGUUGGAGAGUAUAAUAAAUGGAAGAAAAUGGAGCUAAAACAUCCUAAAGAAUGGAAUUUAAAGUAUGCUGCUGUUGUGGCUCGGCUUGCUAGAGAAAAUAAAAGGCCUUACAAAGCCAGUUAUCCAACCGAAAGAACUCAUCUCUGCCCAACUCCAAUCCCCACACUGAUUCAAAUUUUUCCUGAUUCACAAACUGAAGCAGAUAUUCUCAUAGGGACUGAUGAAACAGAGGAGGGGUGGAAGUGCGAAUCUUCACCAGAUGACGAUAACACGAAUGAGUCAUGGGAAAAAGAAGUGGAAGAUCUGGUCGCCUGGACCAACGCUCUCGAUACAAACACUCUAGAAGAUUGAGUCUAAUGCUCCGGGACUUAAAAAAUAAACAGCCCGACCACAGCUCAGCUUCAUGGCGCACCUUUGGAAGGCUUUCAGAACUUGAAUUCCAUUUUUUUCACGUUGGUCUCAUCCUCUCUCUGCAAAUACGAAUUAGAAAGAUAAGUACAAAUCAAUGAAUAUGUUGCUUUGAAUUCUUUGAGCUCUACUUCCUUGUUUGAACCUAAGUUAGCCAGGUCCGGGGUGUUCAUUGUGGUAUUUCAAUCAAUGGUAUUAUAUCCACAAAGUUGUUAGGCUGCUGGAUGCAAGUUUUUGCAGGCAGGAUGUGGGUCAGGAGGAGGCUAAGAUGGGAGGGGAGCACUCAGGUGCUUCAGAGGCUGGACCUUAACCCCAGUGGAGGGAUCUAUACAUUUAUCUACAUCUGCCUGGUGUAGUGUCUUGUUUCCUCCAUCUUCAAGGGAUGAGAUGCCACCUGUCCACCAAUGUUUUUCUUCUCUCUUCUCCCAGAAUGCAUACGUGCUCUGUUUUCUCUUCGACCUUGACUAACCAUCCCCUCAUAUUUUUGCAUCUUUAUUUUCUUCCUCUCUUUUUGCAGUGUUCCCCCACCUGCAAAUAUGCUUGGCUCUCUCCUAUUCUAAAAUAUGUCUCCACCAUUGACCCUGCAUUUCUACUUCCCUCAAUGCUGUAUCAUUCAUAUUUUCUCUGUCAGAUUUAUUAAUAAUACUCUAUCCUUUGCUCUGUUUCUUUAAUUCACUUCACAUUUGUACUCACUGGGCAGUAAAAUCUAUCUUCUGCUUAUGCUACUUGAUUAAAAUUCACUAGGAUUGCCAGAGACUUCCAUAUUGCCAAAAUUCACAGACGCCUUAUCUUACUGGGCCUCU